GCAAAAGGUGAAAGAUGCUAGGAGAAGCUGAAGAAGUGAGGUCUGGCUCUUGCUUUGGAACAUGAACUCUUGUUCUUUAUUUCACUGUGCCCUGCACACCCUGAGUCUGGCAGUGCUUGUUGCUGGGAAUGUCCACCCAGAAUGUGAUUUCAUGGUGGAGCUGAAGAAAAAGGAGGCUGAAUGUCUGGAGGCCCCACAAGAGCAUGGAAAUGCAACAUCACCAGGUUGCAAGAGAACUUGGGACAAAUUGCUGUGCUGGCCAGAGGCAGAUGCUGGAGAGAUUCUUGCCUUACCAUGUCCAAACAUCCUCUUUCACUUCAUGAAGGAGCCAGCUGGGAUGAUAAAAAGAAACUGCACAAAAAAGGGCUGGUCUGACCCAUUCCCUCCCUACCAUGUGGCCUGUCCAGUAGAGGAUGAGAUUCCUCUUGAAGAACAAUCCUACUUUUCUACCAUAAAGAUCAUCUACACCGUGGGAUACAGCUUGUCCAUCACCUCCCUCAUCAUUGCUGUGACAGUUCUGGUUGCAUUCAGGAGGCUUCGCUGUCCCAGGAAUUAUAUCCAUGUACAGCUCUUUUUUACUUUCAUCUUAAAGGCUAUUGCCAUUUUCAUUAAGGAUGCUGUCCUUUUCCAGGAGGAAGGCAUUGAUCACUGCAGCUUCUCCACAACUGAAUGCAAGAUCUCUGUGGUUUUCUGCCACUACUUCAUAAUGACCAAUUUCAUGUGGCUGCUGGUGGAGGCUCUCUACUUAAACUGCCUGCUGCUCUCAUCCCUCUCUCAUGGAAGAAGAUAUUUUUGGUGGCUGGUUCUCUUUGGCUGGGGUUUUCCAACACUUUUCACCCUAAUAUGGAUAUUGACAAAAUUCUACUUUGAAGACACAGCAUGCUGGGACAUUAAUCAAGGCUCUCCUUACUGGUGGCUAAUCAAAGGACCAAUUGUAAUUUCUGUGGGGGUCAAUUUUGUCCUAUUUAUCAACAUCAUCAGAAUUUUGCUGAAAAAACUAGAUCCUAGACAAAUCAAUUUCAAUAAUUCUUCUCAGUACAGACGUCUCUCAAGGUCGACUCUGCUACUAAUUCCAUUAUUUGGAACCCAUUACAUUGUCUUCAACUUCCUCCCAGAAUAUACCAGCCUGGGGCUUCGGCUCUAUUUGGAGCUCUGCAUUGGCUCUUUUCAGGGGUUUAUUGUGGCAGUUCUCUACUGUUUCCUGAACCAAGAGGUGCAAACGGAAAUCGGCCGGAGGUGGCACGGGAAUAGAUACGGGCUGGUGCCAGUGUGGAGGAGGACCAGGUGGACUGUGCCCUCCAGCUCUGGGGUGAAAAUGACCACAUCUGUGUGCUGAAAAUGUCCACAAUCUGUGUGCUGAACAUGGCCUCAGGCUCUAGAGGAGAAAACACCCAACCAAACAAACAAAAUUUUACCAAAUGUAACAAUUGCAGUUUAUCCUGAGCAAAUUGGAGGAGGAUCCUCCAUUUCUGACCAUGGGGAUUUUCUGCAGGACAAGCAUUGCAAGGACAGAUUAAACCCUGACUGAUCUUCUAAACACAAAAUAACCCUCUCAGUGAUAACUCUGUACCACAGCAAACAUAACAAUCACCUGUUCUGGUGAUUCUACUGAUAGAGCACUGUGGUAUUUUCGGGGUCCCCCAUCACGGGGAGGAAAGCUGAACCUGACUCCAUGUUCUUAGAAGGCUAAUUUAUUAUUUUAUGAUAUUCUAAAAUAUUAAAGAAUGCUAAACUAAACUAUACUAAAGAAUAGAGAAAGGAUACAGACAGAAGCUAAAUAUAAUAAUGAAAAACAUUUGACUCCUUCCAGAGUCCCAACACAGCCUGACUGUGAUUGGUCAUUAAGUUAAAACAAUUCACAUGAAACCAAUGAAACACCCACCUGUUGGAUAAACAAUCUCCAAACCACAUCUCAAAGCAGCAAAACACAGGAGAAGCAAAUGAGAUAGUAUUGUUUUCCUUUUGCUCUGAGGCUUCUCAGCUUCCAAGAGAAGAAUCCUGGGAAAAUGGACUUUUCAGAAAAUAUGAUGGUGACAGAGCACAAAGUACUUAUGAGUGGACACCAGUAGCACCCUCCAGAGGCACCAUAGAUGACCACCUCUGGAAAACGGAAUUCAAUUCUAAUUUAGUGGGGGCUGGAGUCUAUCCAGCUUCUUCAAGCUUUGUUCCAUAUCCUGAUUCCAUAGACAUAUAAAUAAGAAGCCCAAAGUCUUGCUGAACUGCACCAGAAAAAGCCCUUUUGUGUUCUCUUUUUACAUUGUCUCUUUAGUAGUAAAAAGAUUCAAUUUUGCCAUAAAACGCUCUCAGUUCUGAUGUUAUUUCAGGAGUUACAGGUUAGAAAACUCCUGAGAGCCAAGUAGCAGGAAAGGGAGGCAUUGGGAAGGCCAAGGCUCCAUAUGAUCAUCAUUAAGGAAAUUCUUUGCAAGGAAAUGAAAAGAAAAGGCCAAUUUUUGCACAGAAAGAGAAUGAGACCCCCAGGAGAUGGAUUGGGAGACUGCUGGGAAUAUUGCUAAAUAUUUUCUUAUGCAUGACUGGUUUUGCUCUCCAGUGCUGUAAAAGACUCAGAAGCUUGAAAAUAAACUUGGAAUCCCA